CUAGCAGGGAAGCACCGAGCAGUGACGUCAACGGUGAGUCCCUCCUCUACUUCUUUUCUUCUUCUUACUAUACUUUCCUACCGGUGAAAUCUUUUUCUUCUUGUUCCUCUACAUCUUUCCUGUUGAAAUUAAUCAAGAUGGAUCCAUCCUAUCUUUUUGGAACAACAAAUUAAACUAGGAGUGCGUUCUUGUCCUAGCAAGCUACUCCCUCCGUUCGGAAUUACUUGUCUCGAAAAUAAAUGUAUCUAGAACUAUAGUUUGGAUCCAUGGACGGCAAGAUGUCUCAUCUCCUGCCUGUGACCCUGCCCAAGAAGAAGAUCCCGGACGACGCUGUCCAGCAGGUCAGCGAAUGGGCGCUCCUCACCGCCGCCCUCGCGGCGAACUACCCAAUCUCCUACGCAGUCGGCCACUACCUCAUCCCCUGCGUCCAGUCCUCCUUUCUGCGUUGCGACCAGCCGACGGACGCUGAUCCCGCCGAGAAAACCACCCUCUGGAUCCGGGUGCUGUGCUGCGCCACACUCCAGGCGGCCGCGGCGGUGCUAGCGUUGCGGCUCCCGCGCCACCGCCGCUGGCUCCGCCGCGCCCUCGCCUACCUCACGCUCGCGCUCGCGGUCGUCAUCCACUGCAUGUACGCCGUCGCUGCCGCAGCCCGCCUCUUCCUCGUCGACGACCCAGGAGACCUCUUCAGCAUCUUCUGCACCGUGGCCGCCGUCUUCUUCAUGGCCAGCGACAUCAGAAGCUUCCUGGCCCUCCUGAGAGGUGAGGAGUAGGACUGAGAAGCAGGGCAAGCUCUACGUAACCGAUUAGUAUAUGAUCAGACAUAAUUCACAUGCUUAUGUAUGUAUAGUUGAUGUCGGUGAAAUUGGUACUGCAGUUUAUAAUUAUAUGCAUGAACUCAUGUUGUUACUCAUUCAUUCUCUAUGAACCGGUGGG